GUCGCUGAUGACACCUCAGACGCCGCCGACGCAAUGGGCUUCAGCCUGGAGCCUCAUUAUAUAUGUAGCUGCUGAAAAGCAAGUACGUGGCGUCAGACAGCGAGGAAACAAGAGCGAUAAGAACCCGGAUGGAGAAAAUUCAAAAGAUGUUGACCUUUGCCAGCGAAUGGCGAAUGGUGAGGGCCGGUUGCAGCUGCAUGGUGCCUUGGCAUGUCCAGGUACCGUGUGCCGCGCCAGGUACCCGGACACCCGUUCACGCAUCCUGCGCCCCCAACGGCUGCAGCAAGGCCAUCAUUCAGGUACGUGGCAAAUCCACGCCCGAGUCCAGUCACCGCUCCCACGACUGCCCCGCUAGACAAUAUUGAUAAUAUCGAUAAUAUUCCCGCAUACAUGCCUACCAUGACUGUUUUCCUUCGCUAGCAACGUGGACAGGUCUGCGUGGCUCUUUACCCAGACCCUUUCGACUACCGAGCCAGAAUUCCAAUUUGCCUUGCAUACUCCCAGUCCCGCUCAAGACGCUACACCACCGGAUGCUGUAAUCCCUACAUCACCACCUGGGCACCUCUAGUCCUGCUGCUAGUACUGUACAGCUCCAGGGC